AUGGAUUUGCAAACCAAUAAAGUUUAUGUAAGCAGGGAUGUAAUUUUCUUUGACACAAGUUUUCCUUUCAAUAAUACAACAUUAUCUUCUGUUGAGUCUUCCACACCAAUUCUUCCUUUUCCUAUUUCUUCACCUACAUCACACCAUACUGACACUCUCCUCUCUACUCUAGUUCCUGAACUUCAUUCUUUCCUACCACCAUUAAGAAGAAGUACUAGACUUCAUCAGCAACCUUCACGGUUAAAAGAUUUUGUUGUUGCCUCUCUUUCUUAUGCUACUACCUCUGUGGCAGUCUUCUAUUCCUCACCAGUAUCUAAAACUCAAGAGCCUGUUACUUAUCUUCAAGCAAUAACUAACACCAAUUGGAUUGAGGUUAUGAAUCAAGAAUUGCAGGCUUUGGAGAAAAAUGGCACUUGGGAACUUUGUGAGUUACCUAAAAGGAAGAAGGCUAUUGGUUCAAAGUGGGUUUUUAAAGUCAAAUACAAACCAGAUGGAGAGAAAUGGCCUAUAUAUCAGUUAGACAUUAAUAAUGCUUUUUUGCAUGGUUGCUUGGAUGAGGAAGUGUAUAUGAGGGCACCAGAUGGGUACACCAAGGCAUUACCAGGGCAGGUAGCUCAAUCAGAAACUGGUACCCUUAUCAGCCAAAAGAAAUUUAUCUUAGAUGUUCUGAAGGAGACUGGCAUGACAGCAGCUAAAGCAGUGUCUAUGUCUCUUCUUAAGGGUCUUCAUUUGGCACCGGAUGAUGGAGAGUUAUUGACAGAUCCUGAUAAGUUUCGAAGUCUCAUUGGGAGACUUUUAUAUGUGAACAUCACCAGGCCUGAUAUUACUUACUCUGUGCAACAUUUGAGUCAGUUCAUGGGUGCUCCUGGGAAGCCCCAUUGGGAUGCAGCAUUACAUUUGCUUCGUUAUUUCAAAUUGGGUUCCUGUGUUUUUUCUCGCAAAUCAUUUGUAGGGUUUGCUUUUUUUUUUGGAGAUGCUUGGAUUAGUUGGAAAACAAAGAAGCAGAACACUGUUUUUAAAAGUUCUGCUGAAGCUGAAUACCGCAGCAUGGCUGCUACUGUUUGUGAAUUGUUGUGGGUUUCUUAUAUUCUUGAUGAUUUGCGGGUCAUUGUUCAGCUUCCUAUCUCCUUGAAGUGUGAUAAUGAAGCAGCUAUUCAUAAUAACCCUAUUUUUCAUGAAAGGGCUAAGCAUUUGGACAUUGAUUGUCAGUUGGUUAGGGAACAAUUGCAGUGUGGUUUUAUUUUGCCUUCUCAUGUUUCUUCUGUUCAGCAGCUUGUAGAUUUGUUUACAAAGCCUUUACUUGCUGCUUCUUAUCAUUCUUUAGUAUCCAAGUUGGGUCUUGUUUGUCGUGAAUGCGCUGCUGGGCAAGGGAGGGAGCUCUAUAAGCUGGUAUGGAACGUGCCACAUCUACCCUGGCAAAGCGAACAAAUAUUUGACACCUGCAUUAUCUGUUUUAGAAAAAAACACUUGACCAUCCUUCAAGGACCUUCUCUUUCACCAAGAAACACCGCUGAGGCAUGGUGGUUGGAAGAAAUACAACAAAAAGGAGGGGGUGUGGGUGUUGGUGUGUGGUGGGGUGUUGGGGAUGACAUGUUGUCAACACUCGUAUGGGGAUAUUUUGAAGUAGAGAACUCUGUCUGUAGGUAA